AUGGAGGCGCUGGAGACGGCUCUGGGCUGCUGGGAGGACGCGCUGGCCUCCUACACCGCUGGGCUGACGGGCGGCGUGGCGCUCACCUCCCAGGACGAGGCGGAGUUCACGGCGCUGCUGCAGAGGGUCAUUGACGACGCCUACAGCCUGCAGGACCAAUGCGAGCACCUCUUCUUGCACCAGCAUUCCGUGCUGUUCCGGUCGUCCAGCGUCACGCCCGUGCCCUCCGAGGCGGCCUUCGAGCACCUGGAGCGCCGCACCCUCACCUCCGCCUCCUCUUAUGAGUCCUUCGUCUCGGCCUCCGGAGACAUCGCCGACCUCCGUGACCUUGAGGAGUUCGACGAGGCGCAGUACCCGCUCUACCUGGCGGCCCUCAAGCAGCAUGAAGACGGCGGCAUUCCCUACAGGGAUGUGCGGGCGGAGCGUGUGCGUGUGGCCAGCGAUGUGGAGUACGUGUGUAAGGUGCACUGCAUCCGCCUGGCCUGCCACCUCCUCUUCGCCCAGGAGGACAUCAAGCAGUUCUUUGCCAACGCCGGCAGGCAGAUCAUUGGGGACCUGAUGGUGCGCGCUGCCAAGGACCCCAAGGACGCCCUGCAGGCCUAUGACGCCAUGCUGGAGUUCCUGACAGACUGCGACUGGGCCGAAGUAGAGUCAGAGCUUCAGGGGCGCGGCGUCAAGGCACUCACCUUCUACGACGUGGUGCUUGAUUUCAUCCUGAUGGACGCCUUCGAGGACCUGGAGAACCCCCCGUCAUCUGUCACCGCUGUUGUGCAGAACCGCUGGCUGUCCAAUGGCUUCAAGGAGUCCGCUCUCUCGACGGCCGUGUGGAGUGUGCUGCGGGCCAAGCGACGGAUGCUCAAGUUCCAGGACGGCUUCAUCGCCCACUUCUACGAUGUCUCCGAGCACCUGUCUCCCGUGCUGGCCUGGGGCUUUUUGGGGCCUGACGAGAACAUUAGGGAGAUGUGCACAUUCUUCAAGGACCAGAUCGUGGGGCUGCUGCAGGACCUGUUCAGCUUCAGCAGCGUGCGCUACACCACCGUGGAGGAGCUGUCGGCGGACGUGAUGGCCCUCACCAAGGAGCGCUUCCAGGUCAUCUCACAGCGCCUCGCCUUGUAGUUCCUUCCUUCAUGGAGCGCCACAACAGCACCGCCACACAACAGUUCAAGAGUUCAUGUGUACAAACGUGUGCCUCAGGCCGCCGCGUCUUCAGGAACAAAAGUAUGAUGGAAGCUUUUCAACUGUUCGUGUAGCGUUUUGUUAGGUUUUAUUGUCCCCGAGGCAUCCUGCCACAGCAGGCACGGCGGGCCCUGAGCCAGACAGCAGCGGCGUGUGCGUGUGUGCGGCGGCCGCGACAGGGCGCUCACCCUGCAGGUACUCGUGCACUGCCCGGGGCGAAAUAUCCGCCUUCGCCUUGAUUGUGUGUGUGUGUGUGUGUGUGUGUGUG